AGGUGCUGCCUUGCGAUGCUGAGUCUCCAUUUGCCUUGAUUAAGGUAGAAACAGCCUAUGGCUUGGAUGACUUACAUUUCAAGUUGGUUUGAGCAAGAUGAUUGGUAUGAAGGACUGCAAAGAGCCAGCAUGUCCCGGGUGAGGCAGGUGGGGCUGCUGGCCGCCGGGUGUCAGCCCUGGAACAAGGACGUGUGCGCUGCCAGCGGGGACAGGUUUGCCUACUGCGCCACCCUGGCCAUCUACGUCUACCAGUUGGAUCACCGUUAUAAUGAAUUUAAACUCCACGCAAUUAUGUCUGAACACAAAAAAACUAUCACAGCUAUCUCUUGGUGUCCACAUAACCCCGAUCUCUUUGCAAGUGGCAGUUCCGAUAACUUAGUGAUCAUUUGGAAUGUGGCAGAACAAAAAGUCAUUGCUAAACUCAACAAUACAAAAGGGACGCCCGCCUCCCUUAGCUGGUGCUGGCACGCGGGCGAGGCCGUGGCCUUUGCUCCCCGCAGGGGCCCGCUGCUCAUCUGGACCAUCUCGGGGCCGGACAGCGGCGUGACCGUGCACCGAGACGCUCACAGCUUCAUGUCCGACAUCUGCACCUUCAGGUGGCACCCCCAGAAGAAGGGCAAAGUCGUGUUUGGUCACAUGGAUGGGAGUCUAUCGAUUUUCCAAUCAGGUAACAAAAGUCAGAGACAUGUUCUGAGGCCCGACUCCCUGGAAGGGACCGACGAAGAGGACCCAGUCACGGCCCUGGAGUGGGACCCGCUGUCCACGGAUUACCUCCUGGUGGCCAAUCUGCAUCAUGGGAUCCGGCUGGUGGACUCGGAGUCGCUCUACUGCAUCACCAGCUUCAGCUUGCCCAGCGCAGCCGCCUGCGUGCAGUGCGUGGCCUGGGUCCCCAGCGCCCCGGGCAUGUUCAUCACUGGAGAUUCUCAAGUAGGCGUUUUACGCAUUUGGAAUGUUUCAAGAACAACGCCGAUUGACAAUUUCAAACUCAAGAAAACGGGGUUUCACUGCUUACAUGUACUUAAUUCUCCACCAAGAAAAAAAUUUUCAAUCCAGCCUCCAACCCCAAAUCACCACAUGUCCUCUACGAGCGAGGCGGUGCCCCCGCCGGCGCUGCCCCCGGGCCAGGCGUUCUCCCUGCCCCCCGGGCACGCCCUCUGCUGCUUCCUGGACGGGGGCGUGGGCCUGUAUGACCUGGGAGCCAAGAAGUGGGAUUUUCUGAGGGACAUGGGACACGUGGAAACCAUCUUCGACUGCAAAUUCAAGCCCAACAACCCCAACCUCUUAGCGACAGCGUCCUUCGAUGGCACCGUGAAGGUCUGGGACGUGGACACGCUGACCGCGGUGUACACGUCCCCGGGGAACGAGGGGGUGAUUUAUUCCCUCUCCUGGGCGCCAGGUGAUUUGGAUUGCAUUGCCGGAGCAACUUCCCAAAAUGGCGCCUUCAUUUGGGAUAUUAAAAAGGGCAAAGUGAUCCAGCGCUUUAACGAGCACGGAAAGAAUGGGAUAUUCUGCGUGGCCUGGAGUCAUAAAGAUUCCAAACGAAUAGCGACCUGCAGCGGAGAUGGUCUCUGCAUCAUCCGAACCCUCGAUGGGAGAGUGCUGCACAAGUACAAGCAUCCCGCUGCCGUGUUCGGCUGUGAUUGGAGCCAAAACAACAAAGACAUGAUAGCCACUGGCUGUGAAGACAGAGGCGUCCGCGUCUACUACGCGGCCACCAGCUCGGACCAGCCGCUGAAGGUGUUCAGUGGGCACACGGCCAAGGUGUUCCACGUGCGCUGGUCGCCCCUGAGGGAGGGCAUCCUCUGCAGCGGCUCUGAUGACGGUUCUGUUCGCAUCUGGGAUUACACUCAAGAUGCCUGCAUCCGUGUUCUCAGCGGGCACUCCGGCCCCGUGCGGGGGCUGCUGUGGAACCCGGAGAUCCCGUACCUCCUCGUCUCCGGCAGCUGGGACUACACGGUGAGGGUGUGGGACACUCGCAAGGGGACGUGCCUGGACACCGUGUGCGAUCAUGGCGCAGAUGUGUACGGUUUAACGUGCCAUCCGAGCCGCCCCUUCACCAUGGCCUCCUGCUCCCGGGACUCCACCGUGAGGCUGUGGUCAUUGGCACCUUUAGUCACCCCUUUACAGAUUAGCAUCCUGGCGGACAGACCGUGGAAGGAAAUUAUCGGGAACACUGAUGACGCCAUCCUGCGAGGCGCGCCCCCUGUGCUGUGCGGCAAAGUGUCGAGGGACAUUAAACAGGAAAUAGAGAAGCUGGGCGGCCACCCGCGUGGGAAGAAGCUCAGGUGGUUUUCGGAGUGUUUGUCCCCUCCAGGUGGCAGUGACAACCUGUGGAACUUGGUGGCCGUGAUCAAAGGGCAGGAUGACAGCUUGCUUCCCCAGAACUACUGCAGAGGCAUCAUGCACCUGAAGCACCUGCUGAAGUUCCGCACAUCUGAAGCCCAGGAGCUGACCACAGUCAAGAUGUCCAAGUUCGGAGGGGGCAUCGGCGCGCCGACCACGGAGGAGAGGCUGAAGGAGGCCGCGGACAUACACCUGAGGCUCGGGCAGAUCCAGCGCUACUGCGAGCUCAUGGUGGAGCUCGGCGAGUGGGACAAAGCCUUGUCCGUGGCACCAGGCGUCUCGGUGAAGUACUGGAGGAAGUUAACGCAGAGGAGAGCCGACCAGCUAAUCCAGGAAGAUAAGGACGACGCCAUCCCAUACUGCAUCGCCACUGGGGAUGUGAGAAAACUGGUCCACUUUUUUAUGGCCCGGGGUCAGCUUAAAGAAGCUCUGCUUGUGGCCCAGGCUGCGUGUGAGGGAAACAUGCAAACCUGCCACGUCUCCACCCCUGACGGAGCCUCCGGUCCCAAGGACGCCCGCGGGGAGGACUUCACUGGGCUCCUGCACGCGGCGAGCGCACAGCUGGCGGAGUGGCACUUCCAGGGCGGCCGGGCGGUGCGGGCCGCCUGCUGCCACCUGGCCGUGGACGAUGUGGAGCUGGCCAUGGCAUCCCUGCUCCGCGGGAACGAGCUGGAGUUGGCAGUCUGCGUGGGCACGGUCCUGGGCGAGUCGGCAGCCCCAGCCACCCACUACGCCCUGGAAUUGUUGGCCAGAAAAUGCAUGAUGAUCCCAAUGUGGAAUUUGGCAGCCGAUCUGCUCCUGAUGAUUCCAGAUAAUGAACUUCAGCUGGUGAAGCUCUGUGCCUUCUACCCAGGCUGCGAGGAGGAGAUGAGCGAUCUCCGCGAGAAGUGCAAGCUGCCCACCGUAGAAGAAUGUAUGCAGUUGGCGGAGACAGCGCAUGCAGAUGGCAAUGUGUUUGAAGCUGUAAAGUAUUACUUGUUAAGUCAAGAACCUGAAAAAGCCCUUCCUGUUGGUAUUGACUUUGUCAAAGAACACAUCAGUAGUUCCGAUUGGACUUUGGACACCAUUCACCCCGUUCUUGACCUGCUGAGUUACAUUCAGACGGAGAAGUUACUCCUGCCCACAUGUACCGAAGCGCGGAACGAGUUGCUCAUACUGAGUGGCUACUCGGGCGCGCUGCUGGCCGCCAGGAGACAGUACGCGAGCAUCGUCCCCGCUCUCUAUGAGUACACGAGUCUUAGAUGUCAGCUGUUCAUUUCUUCCUCACGUUGCAGUCAGCUGUUGAAACGCCGGGAGGUGUCCGUGCCUUUGACCAUCGAGCGCCUCUCUGAGGAGCUGGAGGCGUGGAGAGCCUGCACGCAGCCCGUCCACCCAUCAUCAGAGGACUCUCCCUACACACCCGCUUCCGAGUCACAGAGAAGGGUGUACGCAGCCCUGCUCCAGAGACUGCAGGCCGAGCCGCUCAGAGGGAUGGUGGGGCCGGACUAUGUGACGGGGUCCCACCUUCCCAGCCAUUCGGAUGCUCACAUCUCUUGUCUCACGGGGUUAAAAAUCCAGGGCCCCGUGUACCUCCUUGAAGACGGGAAAUCCGCCAUCUCCCUGAACGAUGCUCUGAUGUGGGCCAAGGUGAACCCCUUCUCACCCUUAGGGACUGGCAUUCGCCUCAACCCGUUCUGAUGGAAGGCUGUUCUCCGGCUUCACUGUGUCUUGAAGACCUUUCAUUGGGCACUGCAGGUGUGAAGGGUUGAGCUGUCCAUCAGAGAUUACUCUCCCGGGAGGAAGCCUGCAAAGUCACUCCAUGGACCUUCAGAGGGAAGACCCUCCACUCGCAGGAAACAAUGACUAUGGAAACCGCCACGUGAGCAGGAGAGAGAGCAGGGUCUUCCGUGGCCCUGAGGAGCAUUCUGCCACUUGAUGGACAGGACCUGUUCCUGAGGCGGCCUAGCUCCCGGGAAAGUCAGUCCUUCCUUCCUUCCUUCCUUCCUUCCUUCCUUCCUUCCUUCCUCCCUCCCUCCCUUCCUUCCUUCCUUCCUUCCUUCCUUCCUUCCUUCCUUCCUUCCGUCCAAGAGCCUCUGAGCCAAUGGCCUUCCUAAGACGUGCCCCAGCGUUGGCGUCUGGGCACACUCAUCCUCGAAGUUCUUACAGUUCCCCACUCUGCUCUGACUGUACCCGCUGCCCUCACUCACUCACUCACUCACUCUCGGGGAUGAAGCCUGGGGACCAUUUCCUAUCUCUCCCAGCCCUCCGCCCUCCCUCAGGGUCCUAGGGACCGGCCACAGGCCACGGGGGAUGGGCUUUUCCAGGAGGUUGAAUGCAGUGUCAAGAGGAGAGAGCAGUGUGUGUGACUGUUUAUCCCCACCCAGGCCUUUUCUCGGGAUCUUCAGCUGACUCCUUCCUAACACCCUUCCCUGGGGAUCGUCAAUGGAUGGGUUAGCGGUGAUCCCCACCAGCUUGGACUUAGAUGUGUCCUGUUAGAACCCAAGGCAGCAGGUAGGGACCAGAGAGCUGGUUAGGACAUGCAUUUGGACUGAAUCCUUUACCGCAGAUAAAACCAGAUUCUAAACACCCUCCUAAGAAGUCAUCUCUUUCUUUUACUAAAUGUGCUCUCCCCAAAAUGUAAAAUCAAACAAGGAAGUCUCCGGAGGUAGAAAUUCUAAUAAAACUGUGUAAGCCUUCCACACUGCAGGAAAAGUGACCGAGGGUAGCUGGAAACUGACCCACACACGGUGGGACUUACCACUGUCAUCUGGGGAGCCAAAGGGACUGUGAAUGAGAUGGCGUCUCACAGGAGUGGUUCCAGUUGAAGGAAAUGUCCCCAAUACGAACAUAACAUUACCAAAAGGUGGAAGAGAACCGCCUUUCAGGAUGUCAGCUGCUAUGGUUUCCCUUCAGUGAGGGUGUGGGGAUGGCAGCAGCCCGUGGGCAUAUUUAGAUGGAAGAAAUGGGUCGCUAAACCCCAGGCCAGUUUCUAAGUGAAGCAUUUCCCUUCUCCACAGCUCGGUCUCAAGGAAGGACGCCAGUUUGUAAGAAACGUUAACGGCUAUUUAUGGACCUGGGCAAGAUGGUCUAUGGGCCAGUGUACAAGGAUCAUCGUUCAGAAUAAAUGUUUUUAUUUAUAGAUGUGAUGUGUAAAUAAACACUGUCAGGCUGCCUA